UGAGGAACGGGGGGAGCUGCAGGCCACUCAUCUGCCAAGGGUGGGUCACAGUGUAGAGACAGAGUGAGUAGAAGCAGACAUGGAGCUGGGGUCGACUGUGACUGCUGUGAGGAGCCAGAGGGUCCUGAUAGGAGACCAUGUGUGUCCUGCUGUUGUCCUUAUAAAGGAUGGAAGAAUUCAUCAAAUCCUCACCGACAUCAACUCCUCUGCAGAUGUUGGAUGUGAGGUACUUGACGUCGGUGACAGUGUGGUGAUGCCCGGUAUUGUGGACAGCCAUGUCCAUGUGAACGAACCAGGACGCACCUCCUGGGAGGGCUUCUGGACAGCCACCAGGGCUGCUGCAGCUGGAGGGGUGACCACGAUUGUAGACAUGCCCCUAAAUAGCAUCCCUCCAACCACCACUCUGGAUAAUUUUCACGAGAAGCUGCGGGAGGCGACAGGGAAGUGUUUUGUGGACAUGGCCUUCUGGGGAGGUGUGAUUCCUAAUAAUCAACUUGAACUGCGGCCCUUGAUCCAAGCUGGAGUAGCUGGCUUCAAAUGUUUCCUCAUCCAUAGUGGUGUGGAGGAGUUUCCCCACGUGACUGUCUCGGAUCUACACAUGGCCAUGAAGCAGCUGCAAGGCACAGGAAGUGUCCUGCUGUUUCAUGCAGAGUUAGAUGUUGAGCAAACAGAGGAGACAGCUGACCCUCGUCAGUACUCCACUUUUCUCCAAUCCAGGCCAGAUGUCAUGGAGAUAGAGGCCAUUCGCACUGUCACAGAACUCUGCCUGCAGUACCAGGUGCGGUGCCAUAUUGUUCAUUUGUCCUCUGCCAAGUGUCUGAACCUGAUCCAGGAGGCGCGGCAGGCCGGGGCCCCGCUGACGGUGGAGACGACCCACCACUACCUGACCCUGUGUGCUGAGAACAUACCUGCAGGGGCCACGCAGUUCAAGUGCUGUCCUCCCAUCAGAGGAUCAGAGAACCAGGAGCAGUUAUGGUCAGCACUGAAAGCUGGGCAGAUUGACAUGGUGGUGUCUGAUCACUCUCCCUGCACCCCGGACCUGAAGAAGCUGGAUAGUGGAGACUUCGCUCAGGCCUGGGGAGGAAUUUCUUCACUGCAGUUUGGUUUGCCUCUGUUCUGGAGUUCAGCGAGAAAGAGAGGCUUCCAGUUGUGUGAUGUGACGAGGCUUCUCAGCCACAGAACAGCCCAGCUGUGCAGUCUUGACAGCCAGAAAGGCAGCCUGAGCCCCGGCUACGAUGCCGACUUGGUUAUAUGGGACCCAGAGACAGAAUUUGAGAUUCAAGAAGCAGGUAUACACCAUAAAAACAAGACAACUCCUUACCUUGGCACCACACUGCAUGGAGUGGUGUGUGCGACUAUCCUCAGAGGACGGCUGGUGUACAAGGAAGGCUCCUUCUGCCCCGAGCCUCUGGGCAAACACCUCCUCAUCCCACAGAAGGAAACUCAAACCCAGCUCUGAAGCAUUAACAUGACUGACUAUGAUUUCUGUCACACCUAUGAAACAUUUCUCACAGAUUUUCUGGGAACACCUGCUUGUUUGAUGGAUUGUUGAAGACAUGGUUGUAACGAGUAAUAAUGUCAGAGUCAGACUGUAUAUUAUAAUGUCACCAAUUUUUGAUCUGAACAAAGUUACUGAAACAUAAGUAAAUUCAAAGAAAGACUAUUUUUACUGAACUCUUCAUUUCAACAUGUUAUCUGAUUGUGUUAUUCAUGUCCUGAGAGUGUAUGUUUAGGGCAUAUGGAUCAAACUGACUUAAACAUAUAAGAGCUGGGAAUAGAAAUGCAUCCAUCAAUCUAU